AUGUCUCGAAUCACUUCCUUCCUCGCCGGCUUUGCGGCACUUGUCUCUGCCGCGGAGCUUCAGCAAGUCACCUCUUUUGGGCCCAACCCUACCAACGUCUCCUUCUACCUCUAUGUCCCCGAUUCCUUUCGGCCCUCAGCUCCUCUCCUGGUCUAUCCUCACUGGUGCCACGGAACGGCCCAAGAUGCUUUCGAAUUCAAACCAUGGCGUUCACUAGCCGAUGACUUGGGUUUCAUCACCAUCUACCCAUCGUCGCCAUGGACUGCAGACCACUGUUGGGAUGUGUCUUCCACACAGACUCUUCAUCAUAAUGCGGGAGGAGACUCACUCGGAAUAGCCAGCAUGGUCAGGUGGACUCUGGCCAACUACGACGUGGACGAAGACCGGGUCUUCGUGACAGGCAUUAGCUCUGGCGCAAUGAUGACGAAUGUCUUGAUCGGCUCGUAUCCAGAGUUAUUUGCCGCCGGGUCUGCCUUGGCUGGAGUACCUUUCGGUUGCUACGCCGGUGACGGGUAUGCCGUUUGGAAUAGCGAUUGUGCCACGGGUCAGAUUGACCGAACCGGCAAAGAAUGGGCGAAAAUCGUCCAUAACGCGUACCCAAAGUACAAGGGGCCCCGGCCGAAGAUGCAGGUUCUCCACGGAACUGUUGACAACAUCGUCAAUGUUACCAACUACUACAACGAGGUCAAACUCUGGACCACUAUUCUGCAUACGGGAGCUAAACCCACUUUGAUCGAGGAGAACAACCCGCAAACUAACUGGACAAAAUACGUUUAUGGUCACAAAGGGCUCUUUGAGAGUUUUCUGGCUGGAGGGGUGGAUCACAAUAUCCCAGACGAAGCCGACGAGAUCGUCAGAUUCUUUGAGCUUGAUUGUACUGGAAAACGUUGCUUCUCAAGGAAGUCUCUUCGAGGUCGUGGCAAACGUUAUUGGAGGAGGUCGGUUUAA